AUGCCAUCUCGAAAAUAUAUUACUGUGCCUUUAAUUAUUGGUGGUAUAACAAUGUUAGCUAGCGGUAUAGGAGCAUUUUAUUCAUUACAAAGUAAAGCCAUUUAUAACCCGGAUUCGCCUGUAGGAUCUAGAAAACAUGUAGCUAAACCAUCUGAAUUUGGCAUAAACUAUAUUCAAGUAACAUUAGUCACGGAAGAUAAUGUAAAAAUACGAGCUUUCGUGUGUAAAAGAUUAGGCGAAGAAGAAGCAAGUAAUCGACCUACUAUUUUAAUGUUUCAUGGAAAUGGUGGAAAUAUGGGUCAUAGAUUAUCAAUUGCUGAAAGAUUUUAUAAAGAUUUCAAAUGUAAUGUUGUAUUACUUUCUUAUAGAGGAUAUGGCAGAAGCGAAGGAUCACCAUCAGAGAAAGGAAUUUGUUUAGAUGCCCAGAAAAUUUUAGAUUAUAUAAAAGAAGAUGAAAUAUUAAAAAAUACUAAAUUAAUAAUAUACGGACAAUCACUUGGUGGAUCAGUAGCAAUUGAUUUAAUUUCAAGAAAUGGAGAAAAAAAGAUUGAUGCAUUGAUUUUAGAAAAUACAUUUCUUAGUAUACCCAAAUUACUGCCAGAAAUAUUUCCAACGUUUAAAUGUUUAUCCUUUUUAUGUACAGAAACAUGGAGAUCCGAUGAAAAAAUUUUAACAAUCCAAAAAAAUUUUCCAAUGUUGUUUUUAUCUGGUAAUAAAGACCAAAUAGUUCCAUCCUAUCAUAUGAAAGAAUUAUUUGGAUUGGCGAGAACAACAACAAAUAAUGUUUCUUCCAUUACUUCCGCUAAUGCUAAUAAUGAUGACAAUAAAAUUUUUAAAGAAUUUGAAAAUGGUGAUCAUAAUGAUACAUUUAUAGUGGUAGGAAGAGUAGCAGGUUGUGGUGUAGUGUUGGCUAUAGUUGUUGAAUCAUUACCAAUCUUUAAUAAACAAUUGAUCAUUUGA